AAUAACUCAAAGCCAGAAAGAAAACAGGGGAUUGCGGAGGAAACUACAGCUACUGGAACUGAAGGUGGCACGGGAGCGCAUACUACCCAGUCGUCCCAGCAGUGUCAAGAUCCUUGACCGAUACAGAAGCAUAGCAAGAGGUGAAGGACAUCUCACUGGAGGCCACAGGAGUGUUGUGAAGCCAACAGGACAAAAUAGAUGGAGAGAUGACCAACCAAUCACUGUUGAUGAGGGGAAUGGAACCUCAACCCAUCAUGUUAUUGUGAUAGAGUCUGCAGAUGCUGCAGGUCCUGGGGUCAAGCUGGAAAGGUCUGAAGGAGAGGAGGACCCACAACACAGCAGCGACAACCAGACUGGAGUGCCCCCUGUAGCCACGGAGGACCUCACCACCACCCCAGUGCAGCCCAGGAGCCGACGCAGCAUCAUGGAGGUCAGUGGAGCGCCGAACACCGUCCUCAAGUCAGAGACGGAUACAAAGACUUUAACGGUGCUGGAGCGACUGGGCUGUCCUCUCCCCCGCUCAGAGUAUUUACUUCACGGUAACCUGAGCCCGAGGUCGGUUCUGUCCCACCGGGACUCAGGUGACGCGUUACAGACUGGCAAUGAUCCAUCCUGCUCAUAUGUUACAGAGACGAUACCUGGUGACAUGCCUGUGGGUCUAGAUAAACAGACUAAUCAAAUGAGAGGGAACUGGAACCGGUGCAGUAGUAGUGUAUACUCUGAAGGGUGCCUAGAUAAGAACGGGGAGGGUCUGGUCGUAGAUGAGAUGACUGUGAAAGUGGAGGGCGAUGCUCCUCUGACAUGGAAUCCAGACGAAACUCACUUAGGAGAACGACACUCACAGGGCAACACCGGUGAAUUCUUAGACUACAGGGAAAGCUUAGAGACAAAUCUAAAUGUUGCUACCUACUCCCCUUUACACAUGUUMAGGGAWYGCAACCCAGUGUCCAAGUUGAUGGGGCCUUCUGAUUUGCAUGGCCGCGUCCUUUUUGAUCAGGUAUUGAACUCAAACGACAGGGCUAGAGCCCAGGCUCAGGGAGGGGCCGCAACGUCAGGCAAUGGUAAAGCGAAACGGUUCCUCUGCAUGUUCUGUAACAAAGGCUUCAGCUGCAUCCAGAAGGUGGAGAUGCACCAGAGGGUCCACACAGGGGAGAAACCCUUCAGCUGUACCCAGUGUCAUAUGCGCUUCGCUGAGGCUGGAAACAUGAAGAGGCACCAGAGGGUCCACACAGGGGAGAAACCUUUCAGCUGCCACCUUUGCCGGGCCAGUUUCUCCCACUCAUUCAACCUGAAAAGGCACCAGCGGGUCCACACAGGGGAGAACCCUACAGCGGCCCCCAGUGUGAGAAGAGGUUCUCCCACCAGCACCAGCUGAAG